CUCAACUCCUAUUUGUAGCGCAUAGACAUCUCCUCCGCCACAACCGGAAAUCGAAGAUGUACGGAACAAUAUUCGAUGAGAAGACGGUUGACGUACCGGCAACCGAAGCGUGGAAGCUCUUCAGUAGUCACCAGCUCCCCAAAGUGAUGAAGGAAGCCAUCCCCGACUUCAUCAGCCGGGUCGACGUCGUCCAAGGCGACGGCGACGUCGGAACCAUUGUCGAGAUCGUUUUCCAACUAGGAGGAACAUGGAAGUCGCUUACGGAGAAAUUGAUGGUUUUGGAUCACGAGAAGCGUGUGAGGGAGGUAGAGGUGGUGGAAGGUGGAUUUCUGGAUCUAGGGUUCACGCUGUAUCGUGUGAGAUUUGAAGUGAUAGAGGUGGAGGGAAACGAGAAACAGUGUAUAAUUCGAUAUACGAUCGAGUACAAGCUCAAAGAGGAAGCUGCAGCGAAUAUUGCACUUGUUUCCAUUCAACCACUCAUCGCCAUCGUGCAACAUGCUCAGUAUUUGCUCCGCAACAAUGGCAAUUGAUCUACUAUAGGCCGCAACAAUGACAAUUGAUCUACUAAUAACUUGGGGCUGUGUGUUUUGCUUUCAUGUUUACUAAAAUAAAUUUCUAUCCGCCUACUAUA